AUGGAUUCGGUAGAACUUUGCCUGCCUGAAUCUUUUUCCCUGCACUACGAGGAAGAGCUUCUCUGCAGAAUGUCAAACAAAGAUCGACACAUUGAUUCCAGCUGUUCGUCCUUCAUCAAGACGGAACCCUCCAGCCCGGCCUCCCUGACGGACAGCAUCAACCACCACAGCCCAGGUGGCUCUUCGGACGCCAGUGGGAGCUACAGUUCAACCAUGAAUGGCCACCAGAACGGACUUGACUCGCCACCUCUCUACCCUUCUGCUCCUAUCCUAGGAGGUAGUGGGCCUGUCAGGAAACUGUAUGAUGACUGCUCCAGCACCAUUGUCGAGGACCCCCAGACCAAGUGUGAAUACAUGCUCAACUCGAUGCCCAAGAGGCUGUGUUUGGUGUGUGGCGACAUCGCUUCUGGGUACCACUAUGGGGUAGCAUCCUGCGAAGCCUGCAAAGCAUUCUUCAAGAGGACGAUUCAAGGUAAUAUAGAAUAUAGCUGCCCUGCCACAAAUGAAUGUGAAAUCACAAAGCGCAGACGUAAAUCCUGCCAGGCUUGCCGCUUCAUGAAGUGUUUAAAAGUGGGCAUGCUGAAAGAAGGGGUGCGUCUUGACAGAGUACGUGGAGGUCGGCAGAAGUACAAGCGCAGAAUAGAUGCGGAGAACAGCCCCUACCUGAACCCUCAGCUGGUUCAGCCAGCCAAAAAGCCAUAUAACAAGAUUGUCUCACAUUUGUUGGUGGCCGAACCGGAGAAGAUCUAUGCCAUGCCUGACCCUACUGUCCCCGACAGUGACAUCAAAGCUCUCACUACCCUGUGUGACUUGGCUGACCGCGAGUUGGUGGUUAUCAUUGGAUGGGCGAAGCAUAUUCCAGGCUUCUCCACGCUGUCCCUGGCGGACCAGAUGAGCCUUCUGCAGAGUGCUUGGAUGGAAAUUUUGAUCCUUGGUGUCGUAUACCGAUCUCUUUCAUUUGAGGAUGAACUUGUCUAUGCAGAUGAUUAUAUAAUGGAUGAAGACCAGUCCAAAUUAGCAGGCCUUCUUGACCUAAAUAAUGCUAUCCUGCAGCUGGUAAAGAAAUACAAGAGCAUGAAGCUGGAGAAAGAAGAAUUUGUCACCCUCAAAGCGAUAGCUCUUGCUAAUUCAGACUCCAUGCACAUAGAAGACGUGGAGGCUGUUCAGAAGCUUCAGGAUGUGUUACACGAGGCACUGCAGGAUUAUGAGGCCGGCCAGCACAUGGAAGACCCGCGCAGGGCCGGCAAGAUGCUGAUGACGCUGCCCCUGCUGAGGCAGACCUCCACCAAGGCGGUGCAGCACUUCUACAACAUCAAACUAGAAGGCAAAGUGCCCAUGCACAAACUUUUUUUGGAAAUGCUGGAGGCCAAGGUCUGACUAAAAGCUUCCUGGGCCUUCCUGUCCUGCACGCCGAAAAAGGGAAAAUAAACCCCAGAGUGAAGUCGAAGAAACUUAGAGUUUAGUUACCAACAUCAAAAAUCAACGGACUGCACUGAUCAUUUAGCAGCAAGACUAUGAAGCAGCUUUCAGAUUCCUCUGUAUCUUCCUGAUGAGUGUCUUUCUCCCUUUUCUCAUCUUCCUUCUCCCUUCCUUCC